AUAACCUCAAACAUAUUGGUUUUUGAACUCUUCAAUUUCUUGAUUAGUUAUUAUUUAAAAAAUUAGAAACAUGGGUGUAAUGAGGAAAUUUCUGAAUUGGUACGGUAGGUUGGGGCCUAGUCACGGCAAGACACUGCCACCUUACGAACACGUCGUGCAAGUAGGAGAUCCAACAUUACGUAAAGUUUCAGAACUCGUGCCCAUUCCUAGUAUUAAAUCAGAGAGUGUUCAGAAAGUUAUCAAGAAACUGGAAUGUGUACUUGAUAAAUAUGGAAGUUUAGGAAUGUCGGCGCCGCAAAUAGGUGUUAACAUGAGGAUAUUUGUGAUGAAGCAUACGAAUAAACAGAUAUCGUAUACUCCUAAAGAAAUCGUCAAGUCCAGGGGAAUGAGCGCAGUACCGUUCACUGUGUUCAUAAACCCUAAGUUGAAAGUGAUUGAUUACACAAAAGUUGUGCAUUCAGAGGGUUGUGAAAGUGUGCAAGGGUAUUUGGCAGAAGUACCUAGGUAUAGAGAGGUUGAAGUUACAGGUUACAACUCUGAAGGAGAGAUUACAUCUAAAAUAUUCAAAGACUGGCCAGCAAGAAUAGCUCAGCAUGAAAUAGACCAUUUGGAUGGCAAACUGUACAUUGAUAGGAUGGACCGGAAAACAUUCUCAUGUACAUGUUGGGAGGAAGUUAAUUUAUCAAAAGGAAAACUUGUAAUCCCAUUUCAUCCUGAAUAACAUAUACCUGUAUCUAGAAAAUAUAUCAAUUUUAUGGUUAUACAA